AUGAGUGGUAAAAGUAGCACAUCUCCUCCAUCAAUAUCGGUUACACCAUCAAUUGGAGGUUCAAGAAGAAGUAGAGCUGGAACUUUACCUUCGUCAUUUUUACAUACUCCCAAUAACAAUUUAUCCACUACAGCUCCAGUUAAUUUCGAGAGUAUUUCAAGUACUACAUCUCCUUUGAUGAUAUCUAAUAACUUGGAUUCAUUAUCAAUACCAUCAGAAAUCAAUAUUUCAUCUUCUCCAGAUUUCAUCAAUGGUAGCCAUUUGGUCGCCAACAGUGGAAGAAGAGUAAGAUCAGGAUCAUUGUUCUCAAACAACUCGAUCUGGAAUGACAAUAAUUUAGAGAAGAUCACUAGUGGUAAUUCUAAUGAGUAUAUUAGUCCAUCAAUGAAUCCCCAAGCUUCAAGUUUUAAUGAUAAUUUCACCAUUAAUGACACUGAUUUUCAAAGAAAUAGAUCGUAUACCGCCAAUGCUACAACCAAUGGGCUCAAUAUGAAUAAUAUGAACUUGAAUAUGAAUAUCAUGGAGGAUGACUUCAUUAUCAAUAACAAUAAUAGUGUUAGACAUAGAUCCCAAACUUUCUCCGGAAUGCCAUUGAAUGAUAAUUUGAUCUUGCAACAACAGCAAAUUCAACAAUUACAAUUGCAACAACAGAUGCAACAGCAAGCAGCUCAACAACAAAUGAAUCAAGUACCACAGUUCAACCAAUCAAACCAGAAUCAACCUUUAUUAUAUGAUGAUUAUGAUAUUUCUCAGUUUGUUAUCACCAAUAGUUUUGAGAAUCCUUCGUUAGGUCCAACAAAUUAUCUUUUGUUCGAUAAUUUACCUGUUUUCUUCAAUUCAUUGAAAUUAUAUUCAAUUUUGGCCAAUGCUCUCAAUAGAAAUCAAGGUAAUAUUGCUAGCAUAAAAACUGUUGGUGUCUCGAAUUCGAAGAUUUCUUUGGUUGAAUGCUCAUCAAUCGAGUUAGCCAUGAGUUUGAAAGCCACUUUCAAUCAUUACGAAAUAAUGCAAGGGAUCAUCUUAUAUAUCGCCUUUGCUAAAUGUAAUGAUGGUGGAAAUAAUUAUAACAAUGGUGUGAAAAACAACACCAACGUUCAUGUUAACAAUGCCCACACCAGUAGUGAAGGAGAUCUUAUCAGACCAACAGAUUUAAUUAAAAUCAAAGAUACUUUGAUCUCAACUAUCACUGACUUGAACAAGGAUAUCGAUUUGAAGAAAAUUGAAUCUUUAAUCAAUAAAUCAAUCCAAUUCCCCAACUCGAAUUAUGUUGAUAAUUUUGGGCCCUUGCCUGAACCUAUACCAAUCAGACAAUUUGAUGCUCCAAAGUUAAGAGAAUUAAGAAAGAGUUUGGAAUUAACCGAGAGUUUCAAGAAUGGUGAACUUUUAAAUUCUGAAGAUCGUCAAAAGGUUUUCAGUCAAGAAGAUUUGGAUGAAUUAUGUUUAGCUAUGUUAGAUGAACUUCCUGAAUUAUGUUACGAUUAUUUAGGUAACACCAUCGUGCAAAAAAUUUUCCAAUUGGUUGAAUCAUCAUUGAUUAAAUUGAUGAUGAUUAAAGAAAUAGCUCCCUUUUUGACUCAAUUAAGUAUUCAUAAGAACGGAACUUGGGCAAUCCAGAAGAUAAUCAAUGUUUGUUGCAAGGACAAAUUAAAUAGUCAACAGAAGUAUUUGAUUGGUGCAAGCUUAAAACCUUACACUGUUAAACUUUUCAAUGAUCAAUUCGGAAACUAUGUUUUACAAGCUUGUAUAAAGUUCGGGUCUCCCUUUAACGAUUUCCUUAUCGAGUCAGUGUUGGAUAAUUUCUUAGAAAUAAGUUUCGGGAGAUUCGGUUCUAGAUCAAUCAGAACUAUUUUGGAAACUAGCCAUGUAUUGAGUAACGAACAAAUAUUGUUGAUUAGUGGAUUGAUCAUUGAAUAUUCCAAUGAAUUAGUAGUGAACAAUAAUGGUUCAUUAUUGAUAACUUGGUUCUUGGAUACCUUUUCUCCUUACUUAACCAAUAAUAAAGUUUUGAAGACAAAAUUUGAUAAAAGAUAUGAAUUAUUAAGUAAGAAAUUUUUGAACAAUAUUGGUGACUUGUGUAUUCACAAAUUAUCCAAUUUAACUAUCUUGAAGAUUUUGAACAACAGAACUGAUCCAAAACUGAAACAACUUAUCAUGGAUAAAAUUUUUGGAACUUAUGACAAUGAUGGAUUGGUCAAAGCACCUUCCAAAGUUUUAGAAUUCAUAUUAACUGAAAGUCCUGAAAAUCAUGCCGGUCCUUUGUUCAUAUACAAAAUAUUGAGUAAUCCUUUAUUGUUGAAUGAUAAUGAAGGUUAUGAUAACAAUGGAGGUAUUGGUAAUGGUUAUCAAAAAUUUGUCAUCCAACAAAUCAGAAGGUUAUUGUUGGAGGUUAACAUCAUUAAUUACCAGCCAUAUAAGAAAUUAAUGGAUGAAGUCGGAUUGUCCAGCAAUAGAUUGAAUAGAACAAGCACAAGAAAGAGAUCUAAUUCAAAUCAACCAUUACUCAAUAAUAAUCCGGUAAGUAACGCUAACAUGACUAACAUAAGAAUCAACAAUGGUCAAAAUAUGGACAACAUACAUAAUGGAUACCAAUAUAAUUAUCCAAUGAUGAUGAAUGCCAUGAAUUAUCAACAACAAGCACCAAUUGACGAAUCAUCCAUGGCAUCCUCCCAAAAUUCAUCCCAACCAUCAGUUACUGAAUCCCAGAAAUUUGAAUCUCACACUAAACCAAAUGAUAUGAUGGUUAUGCAACAAUUAGAACAAUUAUCUUUGAGUUCUGCUGCUAUGGGAUAUAACUCCAAUCCUGGAACUCCAAGUGAGAUCAAUAAAAAAACCAAUCUGUUCUUUUAG